AUGUCCCAACAAUACGCAUGGACGACUACUAGUUCAAAGAUUCUUUUUUUUUUUUUUCAUCUUUUACCUAAUCCUUUUAAAAAAUUCUCCCUCGCCACCUAUUUCCUCUACACCUCACUCACUCUCAAUUUUUCCACCACUCUCCAGUUUCUCUCAACUUCUCCCCACUUCUUUCACACUCUCUGCUUUUUUUUUUUUUCACUGUACACUUUUUUCUUGCUCUCUGUUCACUUUUUUCUCACUCUCUUUCUACUCCUUUUUACUGCCCACUUUUUUCCGAACCCUUUCUCUGCUUUGUUUUACUGUCCACUUUUUUCAAACCCUCUCUCUGCUUUUUUUACUGUCCACUUUUUUCAAACCCUCUCUCUGCUUUGUUUUACUGUCCACUUUUUUCGAACCCUCUCUCCACUUUGUUUUACUAUCCACUUUUUUUUAACUCUCUCUACGCUUUUUUUUACUGUCCACUUUUCCUCUCUCUACUUUUUUUUUUCUCAACCUCUCUCUACCUUUUUUUACUGUCCAACCUUUUUUUUUUUUAUAUUCCAAACUCUCUCUACGCUUUUUUUACUGUCCACUUUUUUCAAACUCUCUCUACGCUUUUUUUACUGUCCACUUUUUUCACAGUCUCUCCGCUUUGCUUUACUGUCCACUUUCCAUACUGUACUUCUGCUUUGUUUUACUGUCCACUUUCCGCAUUGUCUCUCCGCUUUGUUUUACUGUCCACUUUUCUCACUAUCUCUCUGCUUUUUUUUACUGUCCACUUUUUCACUUGCACUUUUUUACUCUCUCUCUCUCUGUUUUUAUAUUUUUACUGUCCACUUUCUCACCUUCUCUCUGCUUUUUUUACUGUCCACUUUUCUCACUAUCUCUCUGCUUUUUUUUACUGUCCACUUUUUCACUUGCACUUUUUUUACUCUCUCUCUCUCUGUUUUUAUAUUUUUACUGUCCACUUUCUCACCUUCUCUCUGCUUUUUUUACUGUCCACUUUUCUCAGUCUCUCUCCACUUUCUCCUAUCCAUUUCUAUUUCUCUUUUCUCCUUUUCACAUUUCUCUCUGUUUUCAUCUUCAAAACAUUCUCACAUUCUCUCCCACUUUAAUUUUUUCUUCUUUCUCUUACAUUUCUCUUCCCUUCUCUGCUUCUCUUACUCUCCCUCUUUUCUUUUUCUCACAUUUGCUCUCUUUUUCACAAAUAACACCUUCUCAUAA